UGGCCAACACUCUAACGUGCAUCGCGGACUGCUAGACUAGGGGCGCGUCGCGGGUCCGCAUACCACUCCAAGCACUGUGCAAACCUCCCAGGGACCUACUAUCAAUCCCGACUUCGCGAUGAAGUUCUCCACCGCGCUUCUGCCUCUACUGGCAGCUCCUUUCGUCGCUAGCGAACAUACAUCCAACUGGGCCGUCCUCGUCUCGACAUCACGCUUCUGGUUCAACUACCGACAUCUCGCCAAUGUACUCUCCUUGUAUCGCACCGUCAAGCGUCUCGGGAUCCCCGAUUCGCAAAUCAUCCUCAUGCUGCCUGACGACAUGGCGUGCAAUCCUCGUAACGCCUUCCCUGGAACCGUCUACAACAACGCAGACCGCGCGCUAGACCUCUACGGUGACAACAUCGAGGUAGACUACCGGGGAUACGAAGUCACGGUUGAAAAUUUCAUCAGAUUGAUGACGGACAGAGUGGGAGAGGACAUGCCGCGGAGUAAGAGGCUGAUGACGGACGAACGGAGUAACAUCCUCGUAUACAUGACGGGCCAUGGCGGAAACGAAUUUCUCAAGUUUCAAGACGCAGAGGAGAUCAGUGCAUUCGAUCUCGCAGAUGCAUUCGGACAGAUGUGGGAGAAGAAACGCUACCACGAAAUCCUGUUCAUGAUAGACACAUGCCAAGCCAACACCAUGUACUCCAAAUUCUACUCUCCCAACAUCCUCGCAACCGGCUCCUCAGAGAUUGACCAAUCUUCCUACUCACACCACGCCGACAACGACGUCGGCGUCGCAGUUAUCGACCGCUACACAUACUACAACUUGGAGUUUUUGGAAACUCAAGUCCGCGAUCCGACUUCCAAACUGACGAUGGGCGAUCUGUUCGACAGCUACGACGAGGAGAAGAUCCACAGUCACCCAGGUAUACGGUACGAUCUCUUCGAAGGAGGAGAGCAGGCGGCACGGGAGAGACGAGUCAUGGAUUUCUUCGGCAAUGUGCAGAAUGUAGAAGUAGAGGGGAGGAACGAGACAGGAUGGGUACAAGAGGCGGGAAGUGUGGCCAAGAUGGCGAAAUCGCAUGACCAAAGUGUUGAGAACGUUAGUUCUGAACAGGUCUCACACAGUGCACGGAGAGAAGGUGCUUGGAAAGUGGAUGAAGAGCAAGGAUGGACAAAGCAAGCCUACGGAGCUGCGGCGCUGGUAGGCUGUGCAGGCGUCUGGCUUGCGGGAAGUUGGAUAGAGUCCAUGUAGUGGACCGUAGAGACUUUCACUUUUCAAUAUUCUAACGUUAAUGAUACCCAGUACGAAGUAGUCCGAUUGAUCUGAGCUGACUGGCGUCACACCAUCACAUGUUGUACAAAGCUAUUGGCGAAGCACUUGAUUGGUACUUUUCUACUGCACGUAGACCUCGCCA